AUGUCGACCAACGAUAAUUUGUCGUCGUCAUCUUUCGCAGAGCACGAGCCUUUAGAGGGUGACUGGCUAGAUAACUUCUUGGAGGAAGAUGAGGCUGGCUCCCAUGCUGAUGACACAUUACCGCUGGAUUCUGACGCUGAGCGCGAGGCUUUUGAGAAGCCCCUGCUUCCUGAGCAGCGAUACUAUGCCGAGCGAGCCAUCGAUCUCCGUAAUACCCUAGAGCGGCCACAAGGGAAUCGCUUUCUUGGACUAUUCAAUGACAGCAUUCUACAAGGUCGAAGCUCCUUUCUGGAUGAAAAUCCAUCCGAGAAUACGCUUGAUACGACAAUAACAGAUCAGGACAGAGACAAGCUCUACCAUCUAGAGUACUUGCGCAGGAGUGGCCGAAGCUGGCAACCCAUAGAAUACACGGAUGUCAAGCUAGAAAAGGUUCAGUUUACAGACGUUGAAGGUGCCAUAUCUGCAUUUCUAAUCCGCCCCAACGAUCCUAUGAUUCGUAAGCAAAUCGUAAAGGAGUUUUAUAACUUUCUAUGCAUGUACACAGAUACCCCAUCAGUGCCCGAGCUCACCGCUAAACUCCACGAUCCAGAAAGCCAAGGCAAACCCAUUUCAGAUUCGUACCUCAGAGACCUCCAGAGUCUUGGCCAAAGCUACACCCCUCUCGAUGAAGUAACCUCCAUAACUGAUACGUACGUUACUAGGAAGUCACAACCAGAGUCCCGCGUACCUUAUUAUAUAUCCCAACUCCUUAAUUUGUUCCAGCACCGCAUUGUGGACUCGUUGACCGUGAACCUUCUGCAUCUCUACAAAUACAAACCGGCUCUAUGUAAGCUUGUGCUUGAGCACCCGACGGAAACAAUCUCAAUCAUCGAUGAGGCCACACUAUUCUUCGUGCAUCGUGUAGAGUCCAACUACAUACUUUCAAAUAAUAGGAUAACUAGUCGGUUUCUCAUUCCAUAUCUCAAGCCAAGCGAUUUAGUAGCUUUAGGAAUAGACUGCGCGGAGUAUGAUUUACUUGAGAAGUCAUGGAAGAGCUUGAAGUCUGCGUGCCUUAACAAGUACGUCCGUUUAACAGGAGUUGUCACAACAAAGAGCACUAGGCUCCCUCGCCUCUCACAGGUGACUAUGCUUUGCAGGGACUGCGGGGCUGAAAUGGGUCCUUUCAACCUGUCUGCCAGAGGCACCAUAACCACCAAGGAAACUGUCCGGUCUGACCAGCAGGCGAUUGCGUUUCUUCCUAAGAGGUGCAUAAAUGAAACGUGUCGCUCGAGCAAGCUAUAUAUUAGUACAAGUGGAACCACUUACGAAGAUUUCCAGCGCAUAACAGUUCAGGAGCCUCCUAAUAGUGUUGUCAGCGGUCAGCUUCCCGAGAAAAAGGAGGUUCUUUUAACUGGGGACCUCAUAGAUAAGGUGAAGCCGGGAGAUAUGAUCGUUGUUUGCGGGGUAUAUCGCCACAUUUACGACGGGAAACUGAAUAGACGGGUUGGGUUUCCUGUCUUUUCAACCCUUAUUGUAGCAAACUAUGUUGCUAAAGUCUCUGACGUUUUCUUUAAUUUCACGGCAGACGACAGUGCGGCAAUGACCAGAUUGGCAACCACCCUCAGUGGUGAUGAGCUAGACAGUUUAUUUCUGAAAGCCAUAGCGCCGUCAAUCCACGGAAUGCAGGUCGUUAAGCAGGCAAUUCUCAUGGCCCUGGUCGGUGGGAUAUCCCACGCUCUAGACGGAGGAAGUGGCCAGGCUGCCUCACGAUUCACAAGAGGCGAUCUCCACAUGCUGAUACUCGGAGAUCCUGGCGUGUCUAAGUCCCAGCUUCUUAAGUAUGUACAGCAUAUCUCACCAAAGUGCGUCUAUACCAGCGGAAAGGGUUCAUCGGCGGCCGGCCUCACCGUGUCGGUUAAAAAGUCAAGCGUGACAGGAGAAUUCUACUUGCAAGCUGGGGCUCUGGUUCUUGCAAACGGUGGGAUUUGCAUUAUUGAUGAGCUGGACAAGAUGAACGAGAUAGAUAGAACAGCUCUGCACCAAGCAAUGGAGCAACAGACGGUGUCCGUAGCAAAAGCAGGCAUAAUAUCUACUUUGGAAGCUCGUGCGGGAAUCAUAGCCGCGGCCAACCCCGUCAGCGGCCAGUACGUCUCCAGCCUUCCAGUGACCUGCAAUCUCAACAUCGGUGAUGCAUUGAUGAGCAGGUUUGACUUGAUAUGUGUUGUGAAAGACAUGGUUAAUUAUGAGACAGACCUGGCCAUGUCUAAGUUUAUUGUUCAGCAGCAUUGCAGGGCACACCCGUAUGUUGGAGAGGCCAUAGACUAUCUGACGAUGUAUAGAGAGGAGAUUGGUCAAUUGGAGGCUCGUUUGCAGGCGCUAGAGCAACCAGAAGACAAUCAAGAAAACACAGACGCCUCAAAAGCCGUUCGCGAUGAGAUAGACCAAUUGAGUGGACGAUACAAUAGGAUAGUGCAGACACUAACGAACCUGUUUGGCGUAGACCACACAGAGGCAAUCCUGGGCAGAGGACUUGUUGUCGACUCAGACUAUCCAGAGUUUAUUGACGGGGAGCUAUCCUCUAGACAAAUAGUCGACCUUAUUUUGGGUGCUACUGACGCCACUGGAGAUCGAGCUAACAUAGGGCCAAAGCAUAAUAAUUACAUCCUCCCACAAACCUUUCUAACAAGGUACAUCUUUUAUGCACGAAUGAUGCGACCCCAGUUAACCAAAGAGUGUCAGGACAUCAUCUCAAAGUUUUACACUAAUGUUCGACAGAUGGUCACCACCGGAUGCACUCCGAUUACAAAUCGACAGAUAGGUACUUUGUUUCGUCUUGCCGAAGCUCAUGCACGCCUACAUCUGCGCAAAUCCGUAACCAAAGAUGAUGGUAACUUUGCUAUUCGACUUUUUUCUGCACUAUAUGUGCCACAGCAGAAGGGUGCGCUCCAGUAUGGUGUGCAGAAUAAGCUUGGGACCAUUUGUAACAUAGAGCGAGAUAAGUUUGGCGCAAUCAUGGCAGUGCUUGCUGACUGCAUACGUUCAGCACAAGUGUAUAAGGAGACUCAAGGUGGCUCUAAGGCUGUGAGUGAGGUUCGCAUCACUCCUGCAUAUCUAAAAGCUGAGUGCGAAAUACACAAUGUAGAGUUUAUUAGCGGAUUUCUGCAAUCUCCUGUUCUUCGGCGAGGAUACACCUUGGAGUAUGAUGCAUCUGGUACGGUUACUCACAUAAUUAAAAAAUACGCUUCAUAA